AUGGCGACCUAUUCGAAGAGUGAUACUCAUACUGAGUCCCAGAUCUACCUCUCGACAAGAGGCGGUGAUUACGGUCUUUCAUUUGAGAAUGUGGUCUUGAAGGGACUCGCUGCAGAUGGCGGUCUUUUUCUGCCUCACGAGAUCCCCUCUGCAAAGGAUUGGGAGAGCUGGAAAGAUCUGUCCUACACAGAGUUGGCAUUGAAGAUCUUCAGCCUAUACAUUUCAACAUCCGAGAUCCCAACUGAUGACCUGAGAGCUCUAAUUGAGCGAAGUUAUUCCACAUUCCGCUCAAAAGAUGUCACUCCAUUGGUUCAUCUGCACGAUAACAUCCAUCUGCUGGAACUUUUCCACGGCCCCAGUUUCUCCUUCAAGGACUGCGCCCUGCAGUUCUUGGGUAAUCUUUUCGAGUAUCUUCUCGCCCGUAAGAAUGAGGGAAAGGAAGGCAAUGAUAGACACCACCUGACCAUUGUCGGCGCUACUAGCGGUGAUACUGGAUCUGCAGCUAUCUAUGGUCUUCGAGGCAAGAAGGACGUGUCGGUUGUUAUCCUGCACCCCAAGGGCCGCAUUAGCCCCAUCCAGGAAGCACAGAUGACGACCUGCCCUGAUGCGAACGUUCACAACGUCGCCGUGACUGGAACCUUUGAUGAUUGCCAGGACAUCGUCAAGGCACUGUUCGGAGAUGCCGACACAAACAAGGCUGUGAAGCUUGGUGCCGUCAAUUCGAUCAACUUUUCGCGAAUUCUCGCCCAGAUUGUUUACUACUUCUACUCAUACUUCCAACUCGCCAAGACGUCUCCAACAUUUAAGGUUGGCGACAAAGUGCGAUUUGUGGUUCCCACCGGAAACUUCGGUGACAUCUUGGCUGGUUACUUUGCUACCCGCAUGGGUCUCCCUGUGGACAAGCUUGUCAUUGCCACAAACGAGAAUGACAUUCUUGACCGAUUCUGGAAGACAGGCCGAUAUGAGAAGAAUGGGCCAGCUCCCGGCUCUGAGGCUAAUGGAGAUAACAAUGACGACGGCGUGAAGGAGACUCUCAGUCCUGCAAUGGACAUCCUCGUCUCGAGCAACUUCGAACGCCUCCUCUGGUUCCUCGCAUACGAGUUCGCCGCGACUGUUGGAAUGGAUGAGGAGUUCAACAGGAAGCAGGCUGGCCAGGAAGUCAGCGUAUGGCUCAAGGACCUCAAGCAAAAGGGAGGUUUCGGUCCUGUCUACCAGGACGUGCUCGUUUCCGCGCGAAAGACGUUUGAGAGUGAGAGGGUGAGCGAUACCCAGACUCUGGAGACCAUCAAGUUAUUUUACGAGAAGAUCCACUAUGUUCUCGAUCCUCACUCCGCCGUCGGUGCCGCAGCUACCCUCCGAUCCGUUGAGCGAGCUGGAGCCGAGAUCCCCCACAUCUCUCUCUCAACAGCGCACCCGGCCAAGUUUGCUGAUGCCGUCGAACAAGCCCUCAAGGACGAGACGGGCUUCAACUUUGAGAAGGAGGUGCUGCCCGAGGAGUUUGUUGGGCUUGAUAAGCUUCCCAGGCGUGUGACUACCAUCGAGAACAGCUGGCAGGCAGUAGGAAAGCUGGUUGAGGAGCGCGUGACAGAGGAGCUCAAGGCCAAAAGCGGUUAA